CAAAACGGAGAAAGAAAAGAUUAAAUAAGUAAGAAACAACUCAGCGAGAGCCGAGUUUAUGUUGACAGCUGAAGAACGUUGGUGACUAACGUUGAGCGUGUGGUCGGCGAGAACGCCAUCUAUUAAUUCGUCAGCCAUGCCGUCAACGUCAAUAUAAUUCCGAACCCUACACCCCCAGUCAGCCCACCGUUACCGUCACCGUUAACUUCGUCAGAGUUUCCGCUCACCUUCUUGAAUCUUGUCUAUAUAUAAACUCUCCACCUUCCAUUCGCUCAUUCUUUCGGCUACGACUUGUAACAUUUUCUCUUCUUCAUAAAUUCACACUCACACCCAUUUAAUUGAUUAACUCAACCUCAUCUCUGCAAACAAUAUCAGGUCGAUAAUUUGAGCAAUAUUAGCUUUAAACGGUUAGAACUCUGCUGAGAAUUUGGUGAUAAAUAGAAGCCAAUGCUUGUUGCUGAGAAUGGACUCUCGUUAUCAUGGAUACAGUGAUGCAGACUUAUCCUACGAUUCUCAUCCUACUGUUUCCUCCAUACCAACAAGGCUGUUCGAAUCUCUGAAAUUUGAUUCAAGAAACUCGCCCAACUCGCCUUUCUCUCCUCACUUUGAGGCUGACGCGAUCACUGUGUAUAUUGAUAACCAAGAGCAGCAUAGUUCAUCCGAUUAUCUCUCUGAGGCCACUCAUUCCUCUGAUUCUUCAGUGGAUUACAGCAUCAACCUGCAACAAUCGAGGCCUUUUUCCUUCUGCCACCAGGAUAGUCCGUCAGUUGCUUCUGGUGUGCCUGCUUUUCAUUCAAAUGCAAAUAGCAAUCACAACAUAGAACACGCUUUGCUGGAACUGGAGAGUGCUCUAAUGGCUCCGGAGUUGGAUGAGCAAGUGGUGAAAUCAGAGCCGUUUUUGGGUGGAAACAGGCAAUCUCGAACACCUGACCAGAGGCCAAGAGCAUGGAACGAGGAAGCUCAGGGGUCUCAUUCGUGUCAGUCUGAAUCACCUCGUGAUUCUCGGAUUAGCAGCUCAGCGAACCAAGUUCACAUUGAGAGUCCUCAGGGAGGAAUGGAGGACUUUGCCUUCCCUCCGAAUAAUCUGAAAGAGCUGCUGAUGGCUUGUGCCAGAGCCCUCUACGAGAAUAAAUCAGCAGAGUUUGAGAAACUAGUAGAGCAUGCUCGUGCCGCUGUGUCUAUUAGUGGAGAACCAAUACAGCGCCUGGGUGCUUACUUGGUAGAAGGGCUGAUAGCACGGAAAGAGUCCUCUGGCACCAACAUCUACCGUGCCCUCAAGUGUAACGAGCCAGAAAGCAAGGACUUGCUGUCCUAUAUGCACAUUCUGUAUGAGAUAUGCCCGUAUCUGAAAUUUGGGUAUAUGGCUGCAAAUGGGGCGAUUGCAGAAGCGUGUAAGAGUGAGGACCGUAUCCAUAUAGUAGACUUCCAGAUUUCGCAAGGGACUCAGUGGAUGACUCUCUUGCAAGCGCUUGCUGCUAGGCCUAGCGGCCCACCACACGUUCGUAUCACUGGGAUUGACGACCCGGUCUCCAAACACGCUCGUGGGGAUGGCCUAGCAGCAGUGGAGAGGCGCCUAGCAGCAAUCUCGAAAAAGUUCAACAUCCCUGUCGAGUUCCAUGCUGUUCCGGUUUUUGCUCCGGAUAUCACAAGAGAGAUGCUGGACAUCAGGCCCGGUGAGGCCCUGGCGGUGAACUUCCCACUGCAGCUCCACCACACGCCGGAUGAGAGUGUUGAUGUGUCGAACCCAAGGGAUGGACUUCUGAGGAUGGUGAAAUCACUCAACCCCAAAGUGGUGACUCUGGUAGAGCAAGAAUCAAACACAAACACUGCUCCAUUCCUGCCGCGGUUCAAAGAGACACUGGACUACUACUCGGCCAUGUUCGAGUCAAUAGAUGUGACGAUGCCAAGGGAUAAGAAGGAGCGGAUCAACGUGGAGCAGCAGUGCCUGGCGAGGGACAUCGUGAACAUCAUAGCCUGCGAAGGGAAGGAGAGAGUGGAACGACACGAGCUCUUCGGGAAGUGGAGGUUGAGGUUUAUGAUGGCGGGUUUCCGACAGUAUCCGUUGAGUUCUUACGUGAAUUCAGUGAUUAAGGGGUUGUUGAGAUGCUACUCUGAGCAUUACACCUUAGUGGAGAAAGAUGGAGCGAUGCUGUUGGGAUGGAAAGACAGGAAUUUAGUGUCAGCUUCUGCAUGGCACUGAAGAUGAAGAUGAAGCUGGACAGCUAUAGUUGUAGAAAUUACAGAGUUUCGUUUUAUAGGCUUUUGGAUGAUGUUGUGCUCUAGUUAUUAGUAGAACAAUAAUAUCUGUACGUGUAAUUUUUAAUUCUAAUAGUGAGUUCAUUCUUUUUAAUA